AUGAAACCUACUAGCAGCCAAGAUCGAGGCCAGAGUUCCUUCAGAAGCUUUGUUGCUAAGAGAAGUACUAAGCUAUCUAGGAGUGGCACUGGUAGCUCAAAAUCUUACAAGUCAUUAAAUUCUACGCCCUCCCCUUUGCUUUCCUCCAAGUCGUUGUCUGGCGCAAGACCAAGCAGGAAGCGUGCACUACUUAUCGGAGUAACUUAUAUGAAGUCGAAGCACGAGCUUAAGGGAACUAUCAUUGAUGUGAAGAGAAUCAGAAGUUUGUUGUUGGAUACCUUCAAGUUCCCGAGAGAGAACAUUCUUGUUCUAACAGAGGAGGAGUCAGAACCAGCAUUUGUUCCAACGAAGAAGAGCAUUGAGAAUUCCUUCAAAUGGCUUGUCGACGACUGUCAGGCCGGUGAUUCCUUGGUGUUCUACUUCUCAGGACAUGGCGUAAGACAACCUGAUAUGGAUAGCGAUGAGAGCGAUGGGUUCGAUGAAACUAUCUGCCCUGUUGAUUUUAUGCAAGCAGGUUCGAUCACUGAUGAUGCAAUUAGGUCUUCCAUUGUCAGGCCUCUCAAAAACGGUGUUACACUUAAUGCAAUUGUUGAUGCUUGUCAUAGUGGAACUGUUCUUGAUCUACCAUUCGUGUAUAACAUAAGAGAGAAGAAAUGGGAAAAAUCCGGUCGAUCUAAGGACGAGAAAGGGACAAAUGGUGGACUGGCAAUUUCAAUCUCUGCUUGUGAAGAUAGACAAUUUGCUGCAGAUACUUCUUCCUGCAUUGGAAAAUCAUCGAUGACUGGAGGCGCCAUGACCUACAUUUUGAUAGAAAUUGCAAAAAAGAACCCUGAAAUGACAUAUGGUACGCUGCUUGACUCCAUUUAUAACUACAUUCAAAAAGCUAACAAAGGAGGAUGCCUUCCUGGGAUCUUCAAAAAAGUGUUGAACGACAUUAUAUCACAGAGGCCUCAACUUUCUGCUUCCGAGGAGUUCGAUAUUUAUGACAGAUCUUUUGUUUUGUAA